UUCUUUUUUCCUUUUUUUUUUAUCAUUUGGCUGUUUUCUCAUGUCUAAUUAUUUGAAGCGAUUGUAUCCAUGGCAAUCCCUAAAACUAAACUGGAAAAUGAAUAAGGCACAAGUGUCACCCACCAACGUGACCUCGCCAUUACUACCUCAAGUUGCAACUGCCAAAGCGGUCCAAAGACUUUUGACAUGCAUUGACAAACGGUCCUUAAACUUUACUGUGAUAAAACGAGUCUCGAGCAUACCUCAUGCAGGAAAUGGAGUGUAUUUUCAAGGACAGAAACAAAGGAAAGGAACGAUCAUUUGCUUCUAUCCAGGUACGAUUUAUAUGCCAGCUGAACCCAUUUUGUUUGUGAGUUUGGGAAACCAGUAUAUUUUAAAGUGCGUGGAUGGAUUGUACGUGGAUGGGAAACCUACUGGAUUAUCAGGAAAGGUGUACAGAUCUUUAUAUAAGCGUGAGAAUUGGCCUGGUGCUAUCCAGAUAAGUGAUUGGACCUGGUUGAAUACAGAUAAUCUAGCUAAUCCUUUGGCUGUGGGUCAAUUCGUCAAUAACGCUACAGUCGAUUACAAAGCCAAUGUUUGUUAUCAAGAGAUUGAUUUGCCUAUCGAUUUUCCUCAUGCGCUUAGACGACUUAUACCGAAUAUGUACUGGGACACUUUUCAAAACCCAUUGACGACGAGUCCAAUGCGAGUGGUUGCAUUAGUUGCGAUGGAUGAUAUUGAGGAUGGUGACGAAUUAUUUGCCACUUAUAUGGACAUCGUCUAAAAAAGAAAGAAAAAAAAAAUAACGUUACAUCCCCACACACAUAUAUUUUAGAGACUAAAAAAAAAAAAGAAAGUUUGUUAUCUGAUAGAAAGAAAAGGGGGAAAACAAAAGUGUGUAACUCCCCAAGUGUAAUGUUUAUCAUAUCUUUUGUGGAAAUUCCGAGCAUCCCGCUCUCUCUCUCAUGAAAAAUAAACAAAACACUGAUUAAAUUUAGUCAACAUGCUUGUCAUUGGAUACACACACAAGUGACACAAAUAGAUAAGUUUUGGGUUAUCGUCCAAUCAAAUUACAGAUGAAUCAUUUUAAUAAAUAAAGAAGAUUUUUUAUUUUU